GAUAAGUGCACUGCUGAAGUGCGCGUUGGGUGCGCGUUUAAGUUGGUCUCUUGAGUGGAGGUGAUGUUGCGCGCAGCAGAAGCGCUGGAAAAUGGUGUUUUCGUCUCGUGCGGCGGCACAGAAAUGCUAGUGAACACGAUGAACCGCUAAACUUAGGAUUUGCUCUUGCGGGCUGUCAGAGCUAAUGAUAUAAUAAUUAAACGCGAAUGUUCGGCGCGAGUGACCGUUGCGUUGUCAGUUUGCAGAUUUUAAUUGGAAGAACGGCGUCAAGGAUAAAAGAAGAGGAAUAAGUAAGAAUUUCGGACAUUGUGAAAGGAAUAGGCGUCGCUGGCACGCGUACCUUUUGUACGUACGUGUGUCUUUUUUUUUACACCUUACGUGGAGACGAUUUUCGUGUAAACAGAUCGUGAGUUCUCGUUUAUCAUUCGAGAUAAUGAUCCGUCUUAUUACGUAAUUUCGGCCAAAAAUGAGGAAAUGCCAUGGUGGAUAAGAAAAGUUCAGGUGAGAGCUACGCGAAUUUGUCGAACGGGUGGCGACUUUCGAAAAUGACCGAAUCUUCAACAUCAUCCGCUUCUGCACUCGUCAGAAUCAUUAGCAGCGUAGUGUCUUUUAUAAAAUGUAUUGUACGCAUUGUACUUGUAAUUCUAAACAAUGUUUAUUGCAUACCCACAUACGUGGUAUGGAUGACAUUGCUCUUUCCUGUAAAAAUGUAUCAACCGCAAAUCUAUUGGCGGAUAGAAGGCCUCUUCUUUCACUGGCUUUUAGCUAUGGUGUCCAUGUGGACGUGGACAGCCGGUUAUGAUAUUAUUGAACAAGGCGAUGACAUACAGAAGAUCGUGAGCGAAAGAACUCUUGUAAUAGCAAAUCACCAGAGCACUGGCGAUGUUCCUAUUUUAAUGACGACCUUUAAUGCCAAGCCAAACGUGCUACCAAAUCUCAUGUGGAUUAUGGACCGAGUGUUCAAGUUCACGAAUUUUGGUAUAGUUUCCAUACUCCAUGAAGACUUCUUCAUCGUCUCGGGUCGCAAGAGACGAGAGGAGAGUCUGAAGCAGCUGGAGAAACAUUUAAGGGACUCGUAUAUACCUCUAAAUCGCAAGUGGAUGGUGCUGUUCCCAGAAGGUGGUUUCCUCUGCAAGCGGCGUGAGACCUCGCAGAAGUUCGCCAAGAAGAAUAACUUGCCUACACUGGAGAACGUUACGUUACCAAGGGUUGGAGCCAUGCAGACGAUAUUCGAUGUCGUCGGUCCAGCACAGAACAAUAACACGACGGACCAACAAUUAAACAACAGACCAAGCAUGACAGUAGCUAAGCCUGAAAUUAGUUGGGUUCUCGAUAUAACGAUAGCAUAUCCUCAAGGCAAGCCGAUAGACUUACCUACAAUUAUAACUGGCGUGAGGCCACCUUGUGAUACUGUGCUUUUUUAUCGACUCUUCCCUAGUUCCGUGGUACCCAGAGAGCCGGAAGCGCUGACCAGAUGGUUGUAUGACAGAUGGGCGGAGAAGGAGGCGCUUUUGGAAAAUUUUUACAAACAUGGAAACUUUCUGGGCACUCAAGGUCAAGCUGCUGAGGGUUCGAAAAUUCAGCAGGAUCCCUUACGAUUCCUAGUCCUUCAUUUAUUCUUCAUAACUUCUAGUUACAUACAUUAUAACAUGAUUGCGUAUGUCUUGUCAUGUAUAUGGUAAUUUGGACGUUAUUCUACGUUGAGAAAUGUGAGUCCUCAAAAAAUGCAUGGCAAGAGUGUCACUGGCAUCCAAGUGGACGGGCCCAGAAUACAUUUAAAGAAAACGAGAAACAUAUUCCUGCCUUAAAUGAUUAUCUCAAAAUUGAGUCGUACGAGAGGCCAAGAUGCCAAAUCGGAUCAGUCAGAUAGUAUUAAAUCACGACGUUCUUGGAGUAUCAUCCGAUUUUACGUCGUUGACAAUGAUAAUUCUAAUGAUUACGUGUUUCGUAUUUCGGGGCAAACGCGGAAUCGAUUUUUUAUACCAAUUUGUGGCCGACGAGCCCAUAGAAAGGAAUUAACCUCACAAAUUGAUCGUCAUUAACUAUUAAAGAGAAGGUGUAACGUGGCUCAUGAUUUUAUGAAAUUAUAAUGUAAAUGAAGGAUAAAAGUAAAAUGUUGAUAUCACUAUCUUAAUUCGUUUGCUGAUGCGACGCUCGAAAAACUCAGAACUUUGUGCGUUACGAACCAAGCACAAUUUUUAAUUUUUACCACAACCGUCAUUGAUCAUCCUCGUAUCAAUUGAAAAUUAUAAUUUGGUUCACCCAAGUCACGAUUAUAUUUCUUUUUUUAUAUAUAUUUUUCUUUUUCCUUGCGGAUAUCCAAGAACACGAGCUGAUUGAAUGUCUAGAUACUAAUCGUUCGAGCACGGGAAUUGGGCUAUCACAAAAUUAAAAAGCAAAAACUCUGCAUAUCUUGUGAUACUUAAAAUGAAUGUCUGUAAUUAGAAAUUGUCUUCUUCUUUUGCUUGUCGUUAGCUCUUAAAACUAUUACAAUCGUUAAUAGAUUCACUUCGUAAUCGUCAUGAGAAUCGGAACAGAGGAAAAUUGCGAUGGUGGUUUAAAGACAGUCGGGCGUGUGAAACUUGAUGUAUGUAUGUACACUUAUCUGAAUUAUUGGCUGGGACUAUGACAAAGGUUAACAGAUACGUAGAAUUUUGUGUAUUAAUCCAGAACGGGUUCACGAUCACUAUUAACUAUUGUAUACAUAGGUAAAAUUAAAAGAAAAGAAACAAGUAUGUAUUCGAAGACUCAAUGUACCUGGCGAUUAACCAUCUAUCCAAUUGACUCUGCUAAUCAUUUCUCUCGUGAAUCGAUGGUCUCUAGAGAUAUUAGAGUACGUAGACACGAAACACUAUCUUUGACACAUCUAUCUCUUGAUACUAAGAGAUUUGAAGAAUAUUAAGCUUUGUCACUGCAUCAUCAUAUCACGUGUUUAUAAAAGGAAUUACACUGUCUCUUGAAAUGGAAUGAACUUUGCGCAAAGGUUUAGGACGAGUUAAAAGAAAUAUAUUGCGCAAAUAUUAUAACGAUAGCCUAGAUUUUUAAUCAAGCGAAUGAUAGCAUAAGGAGAGUCUUGUGAUUAGCUAUCGUUUUUGUACGACGUAUGCACGUGCUUCGCGUUGGAAGGAAAUUUUGUCGAAAACACAAAAGUACGCCGUUUUUAUGGAAUUACGUAACGAUAUACUUGACAAUGCAAAUGCCAGACGGAUAGACGUGACGCGUUCUUCUUCUUUCUUCCUUCUUCUUUCUAACUUUUUCCUUUUUAUCAAGUUUUUACAUAGUAACGCUUUUGUUUCAUCUCUCUUACACUUAAUGCGUCUGCUGUCCACGCGUCUCGUAUUCGCUGGCAGAUAAUAUUUUUUAAGCCGAAGUCAAUACUGUGUCUAUACAUACUGUUAACAAUAACGAUUCAAUCAUAGGGUACUGCAGGUUUUUGUAAUUGGGAAAAUUGAAUUGAUUGUAAAGACGACUAAGACAGAAAGUAGAGAUAGUAAGAAGUGCAAACUUUUAUGAAACAUUAGAAAAGUCUUAAGCAAGGAGGAUUCAUGUGACAGCAGGGUAAUUGCUGUGGGAAAGUUUCGCCAUUAAAGUUUCUAGAGCGACGGGGCUUGUGCAUUGUGCACGGUGGUGGACUAGAUUGUUAAAAAAAAAAGAAAAAAUACCUUUGAUAAAAAAUACAAACUUUUGAAUGAAACUUAAUACGUUAAGUCAGUCGUGCCUUGUUCCUGCUGACAGCUUCAUUAUUAAUUGUACAUACACGUCCAAUAUGUCCUUGCGUGCGUCACGGUUUUUUCGCGCGAAUCGCAGUAAUAGUUGUAAUAAUAAUAAUAGUAGUAAUAAUGAUGAUAAUAAUGACAAAAGACUUGCAACCGUUAAUUAUGAUGAUAAUGAUUUUGUCGAGUCGUCGCGAUAGGAAAGAAAAAAGCGAAUGGAAUUUUUUCUUUACUAUCAAAAUUUAAUUUAAUUGAAUGGCGACGCGAUUUGUCUUGUACAAUCUUAUUAGCUUUCGAAGAAUGAGUUAGAAAAUAUAAAAUAGAUUAAUUCGCGCACGCUCAGCACUGCAAAGCUCAUGGAAAGAUACUUUAAUGAACUUUUAUUCGGUUACUCGAAUUGGGAAUGUGGUAGGAUAGAAUUUUUCAAAAAAUCAAAAACACUAGCUAAUACUCUAAAUGAUUUAUAGACCGCGACUGCAAUAUUGUUGUUUGCAGGGUCAAAGCGUUUCGAUACUGUCCUGGGUUAUGGAAGACAAGCUUUAUCUUUCUCGUGAUUAUUCUUCAUUUCUUUUUUUUGUCGCAGACGAUAGAUAUUCGAUCAAUUAAUUUACAACAUUUGACUGUAUGCGUAAUGUAAUUUUAUUAAAAUGAAAGCUGACUCACUCGUAUAUGUUUCGAGUGAAGAUUUCAGCGUGGAUUAUUAUUGUCUCAAGUCGUGGAAGAAUCAGAAUCACUUGUAAUUAUUGUCUCUUGUUUAACUUUGUCCUUGUAAUUCUUUCUGCGACAAAAUUGAAUAACCAAUUACAUAGAGUAAUACUGAGACUAUGUGAAACAAAAUUAAUAUGAAAUUGUUAGAGAAAUGAAUGGAAGUCCUUGCGAUGACUAAGUGUAAUAAUUCUAAAAGUACAUUCUAAAGAUCCAUCCGUAAUAGUUGGUAGCCUAGGAAAAAUUUAUUUAUCCAGUCAUGCAGCCAAUGAUUAGGAAUGACACUGGAAGUCACAAGUGCCUACUGAUUGUGCAAACAAUCACUAGGGCUAUGGUCUCUUCUGGAAAUGUAAAUCCAAUCGGUCGCAUUUCUUUGCAUUUAAUUUUCUCAUCUUGAUUAUCUUGUGAACCAAAAGUAUGAUUGAGAUGAAAGUGUUUGUGUGUUCUUUGAAUUUGAUAUUAAUACUUGCUGCUGGCUCAGUUUGAAUGCUUGAUUGAUUUGAUUGACUGACUGGGAAUUAAGAAAUGUCUGGUCAUAGGAAUGAAUGCGAUAAAAAUGAAAAUUUGCAGAUUAUGCAGUUUCUUUAUGUCUUUAGUAUUUCUCAUUCGAUGAUGAUGACUGCUCUUUGUCAUUUGAAUAUUUUAUAUCGUUCAGUUCUGAUACGAGUGAAGGAUAUAUCAUGUAGGUAAUUGAAUGUUAAUGCCUGGGAAUAAUGAAAAAUAGUAUGGCGGAGUGUUUAUUUUAAGUCGCCGAAAUGCGCAUGAAACAUAUUGUACAGAAGUGGCGGGACGCUCGGUCGCUGUUAGUAGUCAAAGUAUUUUUACACUUGUGCAUAAUAAAUAAUUGAUUGAAUUUUAAUCGUAUUGCGAAUCUAUUAGCGUCGCGGAGCAACGUCGAGAGAAUAUGUGUGAUUGCGUUCUUUUGUUUUCUUUUAUUUUUCUUUGGAUCUUCGCAGCUUCCUCACGUUUAUUAUUGUUCAGAAUUUAUGUAAGCGCAGGAACGAAUGGAUGAUGCAAAUGGUUCAGUAUAUUAUUUGCAUUAGUCGCUUAAUUUGUCUUAUGCGAAUUCGAACCCCUUCAUUUGCGCGUACAUAGAUCAUUUCAAGCAGACAUGAAAUUUGUAGAUUUUAAGUAUAAUUAUAGUGAUAUAUAGUAGCAGAGACCAACGUCGUUUCGAAGUGUUUCUCGGCAACGCGACGUCUGUUUCUGGUCAAAUUAUCCUAAAUGUAAUAAUUAUUGUAAUUAAAACACAAAAUAAAUAAUUAAUACAUAA